GUAUAUAUAAAGUGAGUUCAAUUUGGGGGAACGGAUUUGUGUUCGCAAGGCUGCACCAAGUGUUGGCGGUGUAGACAUUUGCGUGUCUACUUGAAUCAUGAGCUACAGUUCCACAGGAGGGAUAAGGUUGAAGUGAUACUGUGGCAGGGCUCACACCAUAUAUACUCGGGGAGAAAGAAGAAUAUGAGCGAGAACGGCCAGUACGUGCCGGGGAGCCUCUGGUUCUAUGCGCCGAACAAAGGAGCACCCGUGUUCUUCGCCGUAGCAUUCUGCGCAUCUACGGUGUGGCAGUUGUGGCAGACCUACCAUAACAAGUGCUGGCGCAUGACGGGCGUCCUUGUCUUUGCGGGAACUCUCUUCACCGCCGGCUUCAUCACACGAGAGAUUGCUGCGUUCGAUUAUGGCAACCUCGUAAAGCUCAUCGUCAGCGUGUGUUUGGUAUACGCGGCACCGCCUCUGUUUGAGCUGGCCAACUACCAGAUCCUCGGCCGAAUCCUCUACUAUGUACCGCACCUCUCGCCGAUCCACCCAGGGCGCGUCUUGACGACUUUCGCCUUCAUCUCGUCCGUCGUCGAGGCGCUGAACGGGAACGGCGCCAGCUACUCGACCAACCAGUCGCUGCCAAAAUCCAAGCAGGACAUCGGCAAGGCCCUCCUCAAGGCAGCCCUGCUCAUCCAGAUUGUCGUGGUCGUACUGUUCCUCGCGCUGACAGUCACUUUUCACCGCCGCGUCCACGCAGCUAAGAUCCGCAGCCCGAAGCUGACGGGCGUGCUGCGGACCCUCUACGCGAGCAGCGCACUCAUCGCCGUCCGGACCAUCUACCGCAUUGUCGAGUACUUCAGCCUGGCAGAGCUUCACUUUGGCCCGGGGCUCAACCCCGACGCGUUCGGGCCGGAGGUGCGCUAUGAGUGGUUCUUUUACGUGUUCGAGGCGACACUCAUGCUGUGCAAUGCGUCUCUCUGGAACGUCAGGCACCCGAGGAAGUACCUGCCCAAGAGCACCAAGGUAUAUCUAGCACGCGAUGGGGUGACGGAGGUGGUCGGGCCGGGGUAUAAGGACACGAGAUCAUUCUGGGUGACGUUGGUGGAUCCGUUCGACCUCAAGGGAAUGCUAGGCAAGAAAAACGGAAGAGGGACGACGGAGUUCUGGAACGAGGUUCAAGGAGGGACGAAUAUCGACAGCGAGCGAACUUGCCAAUAAGGGGCCUCUAUGAAGUAUCAGGUCAGCUGUUUUGUGUCGUCAUGACUGAGAUGGGACACACACGGCAUCUGUUCUCAACAGAAUAGUGGUCAGCUGCCUUCGCAAUGGGCCAGCGCACACAACUUUUCUGGGUGCCUGUUGCAAGCGAUCCGAACAUCGCUUCCUGGCCACGGAUCCCGCCAGCCAGGUCAACAAGGUAUGGACUCGGGGACUCAGUCGUCAUUGGCGUCGAAGAGCAAACCGAUUCUACGUCACGUGUUCUCUGCCAGAUUACACGUCUUGACAGGGAUUGUAUCAAUAUUCGGAACCGAGUACAGCCCGAGGCUUCCAAGGAAUACGUGAUAAGGGAAGGAUGGAAGGGGCUCGUGGAAGGAAGAGUGUGCUGCUCCUCAGGGCGGGGCCAGAGUAUGACCAUACUAUGGUCCUCUUUUUCAUGCGUUGGCCCAGUUGGGUGGUAGUGAUAGUAUGGUUGUUAUUAUUAUUAUCAUUAUUAUUGUUGUUAUUAUUUGUC